CAACUAAAUAACGCGGGAGUGAAGAAGAAAAAAAUUCCCUAAUUUUCAUAAAAGACCUAAUUUCAGAUAAUUCCAGAAAAAUUUGUGAUCCAAGGAAGAGAAGAAGAAGUCUAAAAAUUUGUAAACGGGUGAUGUUAAUUUGUGAUGAUCGUAGAUUAGAGAUGGUAGCAGAAACAGAAACUGUUAGGGUUUUGGAUGUUCAAUAUAGAUGUGGUGUUGUUGGCAAAGGAAAUAACAACCAUAACACUGAUCUUUAUGAUUCUGAUGUUAAAGUCGAAUUUGAAGUUGAUGUGAAUUCUCCAAAUGAUGCUUCAAAUGUACCCGUGGAAUCAGGCAGUUUUCAAUUCGCCCCUUGUAUUCGUUCAGGUAGUUUUGCUGAUAUUGGCCCUCGUAGAUUCAUGGAAGAUGAGCAUAUAAGGAUUGAUAAUCUAUCUUCAUACUUGGGUUCUGCUGUCAGGUGUCCAUCGCCUGGUGCCUUUUAUGGGGUGUUUGAUGGUCAUGGAGGUCCUGAUGCUGCUGCUUACAUCAAGAAAAAUGCAAUGAGGUUCUUUUUUGAAGAUGCUGAUUUUUCACAAACAUCUGAAAGUAAUGAUGUUACUUUAGAUGAGGUUGAGGAUUCCUUCCGUAGAGCGUUUCUUCUAGCUGACAUCGCAUUGGCUGAUGAUUGCACUGUCAGCAGUUCUUCUGGGACAACAGCCCUUACUGCUCUGAUACUUGGAAGGCAGUUGUUGGUUGCCAAUGCAGGUGACUGUCGAGCAGUUUUAUGCCGUAGAGGUGAGGCAAUAGAUAUGUCUCAAGAUCAUAGACCAAUAUAUCCAUCAGAAAGGCAAAGGGUCAUGGAUUUGGGUGGAUACAUAGACGAUGGGUAUCUCAAUGGUGUUCUUUCAGUGAGUCGUGCCUUGGGUGACUGGGACAUGAAGUUACCCCGGGGAUCCUCGUCACCUCUUAUUGCUGAGCCCGAGUUUCAGCAAACUGUUCUUACAGAGGAUGACGAAUUCCUCAUCAUUGGAUGUGAUGGUAUCUGGGAUGUGAUGACAAGCCAAGAUGCAGUGAGUAUUGUCCGUCGUGGUCUACGACGGCAUGACAACCCAGAGCAAUGCGCCAGAGAACUUGUGAUGGAAGCUCUGCGAAAGAACACUUUCGACAAUCUCACUGUAAUUGUGAUUUGCUUCUCUCCAUUAGAUCAUAGAGAAUCAUCACCAACUCCUAAACAACAAAAAGUGAGGUGCGUUAGUCUUUCGGAUGAUGCCCUUUGUAGCUUGAAGAAAUUGCUGGACAACAAUGGUGACGACGUCGAUUGUAAAUAUACUUAGUUGAAUAUAUUUGUUGAAACUAUGUAUUUUGGGGACUGCUUGUAUAUUUCCAUGGCCCUGGUUCAGGUGGCAACCAGGGUUGGCAAUUUUGUGCGGAAGGGGGAAUGGGAAUGUUGGCAGGUGCUUUUGUUGUUUACUGUUGUUGUAAAUGGAGAGAGGUGAUGUGUGCAUACUACUAAUAGUGUUGGAGGAGGAUCGGUGGUUUAUGAAUAUGUUGUAGUAGGCAGUCCAGACGCCCUGGUUACGAUGUGGUGGGGUCACAUACAUUUUGUAUGUGGCCCCUCUUUAUUUUCUGACACCUAUUUAACUAAAAAAUCUGCCUCCUCUAAAUCCCCAUAA